GCUUUGAAUAAUUCAACAUAGAUUUAUCAAAGUACAAAAUAAUUUUAAGACAAAUUAAAGAAUAUAACUCUAUAUAUAUUCUUAAAGCUGAAUAUUGAUAAUUGUCUGGGCACACUGUCAGCCGAACAAGGGUAGCUACUUGCUAGCGAGCUCUUAGACAAAAUAACAAUCAGAAUUGGAGAACUGUCGUGCUCAUAUAAUCAUUAGUAUAAAUGCUAAAGGAGUUAUCUGAGGAUCAAGGUCUUAACAACGUAAAAGAAGCACCACGCCAGUUUCUGCCUUGCACUUUUUUGGUUCCAACACUGCAGUGCCUGGUCAUUUCGAGUUUUCCGCUUGAGACCACUAUUUCGCUUUAAUGCGAAUUGGAGAAUAUAAUCACAAUAAGAAAGAACUCAAUUAGCUAGCCCUGGAAGUCGGAAUGGCUGGCUUUCUAGAAACACGGAAGCGCAGUCGGGAGGACGACCUGCCCUGUGACUCUACGCCCCUUUCGAAGCGCAUCAACAACCUGCAUUUAAACUACGACGAUGGAAAUAGCAGCAGUAGCAGCAGCUGCAGCAUUCCCCCGCUUCCAGGUGGGUCAGCAGUGGGAGGCGGAGGAGGAACAACAGCAGGUGGAGGCCCAAAUGGACCAGAUGCUACCUCAACCGGAAAUGCAGUUCGUGCCGGUUACGAAUACAAUCCGGAACUGGGAGCCGAGCAAAAUCCAUAUUACUACGAAAAGAACAAGAUGCUAUACGAUCUACACGUGGAGCGCCUUAAGCGGGCCAGCCAUUAGCAAGGAGUCUGGAAUCUGGAUACCGAGUUCUGGCACCGCCAUUCAAGUGCCAAUCAAAGAUGUCCUCUGCCGCAACACCUUGUAGUCCUAGUUUAGUGAAGUUAUCUGUUCAUCCAUCCUGUUGUGUCUACAGAGCUGGGAACAAAGAACCCCAGCAAUUGCGUUUGUGUGAUAAACAUUAAUUACUUGCAAAGCAUUAGCAUCGCCAAUAAUAGAAAUCGAGCCAAGACUACCAGAAGCACGCACAUAUAUAGCCUAAAUCGAUCCCCGGAUUGUAAUUUUAACAAUAUAAAUAUAAUAUAAAUUAUAA